AUGGGCUCGCAUUCGACGCAAUCAGAAGGGACCAAAGAGGAUUUUUCCAACCUCGGUUUCACCCCCAUGAUCAAGGUCGAUGAACCGUGGACGGUCGAAAAGGUGGUCAAGGAGAUACCAGGAGAUGCGCCCGUCGAGGGUUCAAGCUCGCCACUGGCCUUUUUCCAUAUGCUCGGGCGCCUCAAGACGACAAAGCGCGAAGGCUGGAGACGCUUCGGCAUUAACCGUGGUGAAUCCAUCGCCGACCACAUGUACCGCAUGUCCCUCAUCUCCAUGUUUGCGCCGCCUUCCCUCGCCCCCCGUCUCGACCUUGCCAAGUGCAUCAAGAUGAGCCUCGUCCACGACAUGGCCGAGCUGCUCGUCGGCGACAUCACGCCCGUCGACGGCGUCCCCAAGCCGGAAAAGAGCCGUCGCGAGACCGCCACCAUGGACUGGCUCACCAACAACCUGCUGCGCGGCGUGCCCGGCGGCGCCGCCACGGGCGCCGAGCUCCGCGCCGUCUGGCAAGAGUACGAGGACGCGCAGACGCUCGACAGCCACUUUGUCCACGACGUCGACAAGAUGGAGCUGCUGCUGCAGAUGCUCGAAUACGAGCGCGGUGGCGCCCGCCGCCUCGACCUCGGCGAGUUUUCCUGGGUCAGAGGCAAGAUUACCCUGCCCGAGACGCGCGCCUGGGCUGACGAGCUCAUUGCCGAGCGUGAGGCUUUCUGGGGGGAUAAGGAGCACAUUCGGGGCUACGAGGGUACCGAGGGCGGCGUCAAGGAGGAGCACACCAAGCAGCAGGAGCAGUACUACCAGCGCGACUAG